CAUUAUGAAAAUCUGAAUGAUGAAAUACCAUUUUGUGUGAAGCUGUGUGUAUAUAUAAAUACAGCGACCCUUCUAUCUGCAACACAGUUCGCUACCAGAAACACACUAACCAAGACGAUGAAGCUGAUAAUCGCAGUGUCGUGCCUUGCAGCAUUUGUCCUGGCCGCACCCCAGCAAAAGGACCCUGUUCCUAUUAUAAAGCAGGAGAGCCAAGUAAAUGGAGACGGAUCCUAUUCCUAUAACUUUGAAACUGGUGACGGCACGAAGGCGGAACAGUCUGGCCAACUGAAGAACUUCGGGCCAGACGAUGACGGCGAAGUGGUGACGGGAAGCUUCUCCUACGUGGCACCAGACGGCGUUACGUACUCUGUGACCUACACAGCAGACGAAAAUGGCUUCCAACCGCAGGGGGCGCAUCUCCUGCAGAUUCCUGAGGCAAUUGCCCGCUCCAUUGAGUACAACAAGGCUCAUCCAGAAGAAGAGAAGACCCGCAAAUAAACUUAAUCAUCUCCCAACUAUAACUAAAGAUGUGUGUGUUAAACUUGCUCGGUAUGAAAAUUAUCAUAGUUCAGAGUCAACAUAAAAUUUCUGUUCAAAAAAGCAAAAUAUAAUUUCUGUCUACAAGCCAUAGAAACUACACUUUGGACAUUAGACUGUGGGGUGUAUAUUUCUCACUAUGUGAUGGAAAACAUACGUUCUUCUUUAAAAUCUUCCCUGUCCUAAGUUUACUGACAAGUACCGAACAUCAGAAUAUUAUUCUCCUUCUAUUUGUAUACGCUCAGACCCAAGAGUGGGUUUCUAAAAUUAAAUAUCGGUGCUGAGUCAAGUUUCCUUAGGUUUUGUCAAGUACACGCUAGUGGCGGUUUACCAAUCAAGUUUUCAGUACAUGUUUUGUUAUAGAACCUGAGUUGUUAAAAAUCUGAAUUAUACGAGUACGGUCAAUAUUCGAUUUUCGAUAUUUCUCGCUUUCAGUGGGUUCAAUUUAGGUCAAAAUUAAAUGACGUUUAUUGCAGAAUACAUAAAUCACGGUUACAUUAACUACUAAUUUUGUAUGAAGCAGUCAGGAAACAUACAAUCGGAUCUGAUCCAUUUAAGACAUUGCACAGAAUGUACGAAGAAAGGACUUCAUUUAAAAAUGACGUGGCGGAACACGAAGUCCCACCUUGCAGCGUCCGUCACAGAAGCGCCUAGUCUUAGAGCAGGAAAGCCCCUAAAUCCAUUUUCUCUUCGCUUGUAUUCAUUUGACACACAUUAUUCGAUAAUGCUGUAAAAUGGUUACUGACAUAAAAUACUCAUUAUAACAAUAAAACAGAUCUAACUUCAUGAGUGGAGUUUAGUGCA